CGGGGGAGGGACCGACCUCACCAGCAUGGCGGCGCCCGGGUUUCCCUGAGGAGGGUCGGUGACUGCCGCUGGAGGCCGCGGUGGGCACCAGCUUCCCAUGGCGCUGAGAACCCACAGCUGCCUGUUGCUGGCGGUCGGCAGGCUCCAGGCACGCGGAACGGGUCUUCGUUUCACAUCAACUACAGCCGGCCUCAAAACAGAGACUGACGUGGACACAAGUGAAAAUGAGGUUGUUGCCCCAGACUUUACUAAUAGGAAUCCUCGGAACUUGGAGCAGUUAGCUCUGGCCAGGAAGGAGCGGGGCUGGAAGACAACAUGGCCAAAGCGUGAGUUCUGGCAUCGAUUACGACUUGAGCGGACACAGCAUUAUGUGGAAGCCUAUGUUGAGCGCUGUAAUGGGGAUGUUGUGGUAUCUGCCUCCACACGAGAGUGGGCCAUAAAGAGACACCUGUACAGCCCCAAGGGAGUAACAGCAUGCAAAAACCUUGGCCGUGUAAUGGCACAGCGCUGUUUGGAAGCAGGAAUUAACUUUGUGAACUUCAAAGCUGUUAUCCCGUGGGAAUAUCGUUGUGACUCGAUUCAGGAAUUUGAAAAAGCUAUGGAGGAGGGUGGUGUCGUUCUGCGUGAGCCACGAAGAAUCUACCAGUAAAACGGAAACCGUUGGGGAAACUUUGGAAGGAGCACUGUCACUUCUUUAGGUGUCCUCAGCAGCACAGUGAAGAGUCAGAGCUGGGGAGAGUUGGAAUGUGGCAUCUAAGAAUAAAAUAUUUUUAAAUGGACAGAA